AACAAUUAUUUGCUCCGUCAUCAACAUUGAUAUUUAAUCAUCAGAGACCUUUGAAGCAGAUCAGAAACUCAAGACAGGAGAUUGAGACUGAAGUAAUAGCUAGACCAAAAAAAUCUUGUCAUCACAACAAUGAAGUGGGAAUUCAAAGAAAACCAUCCAUUUGAGGUCAGAUGUGCUGAAGCAUCCAAAAUAAGAACGAAGUACCAGGACAGAAUUCCAGUAAUUGUGGAGAAGGUACCAAAGUCAUCGAUUCAAGACAUUGACAAGAAAAAGUUCCUUGUACCAGCAGAUCUCAGUGUUGCUCAGUUCAUGUACAUCAUUCGGAGGAGAAUCAAUCUUCCCAGUGACAAGGCCAUGUUCCUAUUCGUCAACAAAGUACUCCCAACAACAAGUGCUUCAAUGGGCAGUAUAUAUGCCGAGCACAAGGACGAAGAUGGAUUUCUUUACGUUGCGUACAGUGGGGAGAACACAUUUGGACACUAACAACUAUACACUCUCACUGUAUUUUAUUAGUGCACACUUGUAUAAUUUCCCCAUGCCUUAUUGCGAAAUUUUUGAACACAGCAGUGGUAUGUAUAAUGUUAUGUGCUCAGUAUGAUUGUGUCUGUAUAAUAGCUUAACUUCCAACAAUGCUCUCAAAUUUUAACAGUGUGUUGUGCAAAACUAUUUAAUUUAUGUCUGUGUGCAGAAUAAAGUAGAUGUUAUUGUUGUGUGUGAAACCAUAAAUUAUUCAAAAGCUA